AUUCUCCUCCUGUGUUUACGCGCAGCGGCGGGUAUCCCAGGAAAGGAAAAAUAAAAUAAAGGGGGACACCAUGGAAACACAAAUGAUGUAAAAAAAAAAUAAAAAAAUAAAAAAAAUCCAGCCCGGAUGUUGAUCAGGAGCACCAUGACUGCUUUAAAGGACUAAUGAUUUUGGAUCUUGUCACUAUUUUAUACUUUUACCUGCAUCUAUCCGGUUCAGUCAUUCAUUCUGCGAGUCACUUUGGUCUUACAUAAACCCACCAGUCAUUCUACUGGGAUUUGCUUCAUUUGAUUUCGAGUCCCGCUGUGAGGAUGGACACCCGGUUGCUGGUUUGGCUCUGCACCAUCGCUGCCCUGUCAGGGACACGGAGCCCCGUGGCUGCUGCGGGAAGAAGCUGCGCUGACACCCGGCAGGUGUACUCAGAGAAGGGGUACAGCACCAGCACCGCGCCUGUGACUCAGAUCUCCGGUGAGCACCUGCGACUUUGUCCUCAGGAUUAUACCUGCUGCUCCAGUCAGAUGGAGGAGACUCUGUCACUUCAGAGUGAGAGGGACUUCUUGAAAGCCAUCGAAGACAACAGCCAAUUUCUCUUGACUACCUUCACACAGAGACACCGCCGGUUUGAUGAGUUCUUCAGGGAGCUUAUAGACCUUUCCGAGAAGUCUAUGAACCAGAUGUUUACCAAGACCUACGGCCGCCUCUUCACUCAGAACACACAUGUCUUCCAGGAGCUGUUCGUGGAGCUUCGGAGAUAUUAUUCUGGGGGCAGUGUGAGUCUGACAGAGGUCUUCUCAGACUUCUGGUCCGGACUUGUGGAGCGAGUAUUCUCAUUGGUCAACCCCCAAUAUCAGUUCAGUGAUGACUACCUGGAGUGUGUCAGCAAACACACUGAGCAGCUACAACCGUUUGGAGAUGUUCCUCGCAAACUUCGAGUGCAGGUGUCCAGAGCUUUCAUAGCUGCCAGAGCUCUAUCUCAGGGCCUAGCUUUUGGUCGGGAUAUGGUAAAUACGGCCACAAAGUUGACAGCAGAUUCAGAGUGUGUGCAUGGCCUUAUGCGUCAGUGGUACUGCCCCCUGUGUCGAGGUUUGCCCUUUCUCCGGCCCUGCCACACACUGUGCCUUAACGUGAUGAAGGGAUGCUUAGCCAAUCAGGCAGAACUGGACACAGAGUGGAACAAUUUCAUAGAUGCUCUCUAUGUGGUAUCUGAGAAGCUGGAGGGACCAUUUAACUUUGAGCUUGCAGCUGACUCUAUUUCUGUAAAAGUCUCUGAGGCCAUUAUGCACAUGCAGGAGAACAGUGUGAGCAUCUCCAGAAAGGUGUUCCAAGGUUGUGGGAAUCCAACUCCAGCAAGGAACAAACGUUCUCCCAGCGAGUCAGGAGGGAACAGGAAGCCUUUUCGCACCUACACCCCCGAGGAGAAACCCACCACAGCUGCAGGCACCAACCUGGACCGGCUGGUUACUGAGCUGAAGGAGCGACUGAGGCCUAUGCGAGGCUUCUGGGUGUCCCUCCCACACACCAUCUGCAAUGAUGAGAGGAAGGCUGCCGACGUCACUAAUGAGGACCGCUGCUGGAACGGGCAAACCCGGGGGAGGUACCUGCCGGAUGUUACAGGCAACGGACUCGCCAGCCAAAUAAACAACCCAGAGGUGGAGGUGGACAUUGCCCGUCCAGAUGUGAAGGUCAAACAGCUAAUCGUGGAUCUGAAGGUGGUGACCAACAAACUGAAGCACGCUGAACGCGGACAGGAUAUAAAUUUCAUAGACAGUGAGGAGGGCAGUGGCUCAGGGGGUGGAGAUCAUGAUGAAAGGUACAGUGAUGAUUGGCCAGGUUAUGGCCCUCACUCUCCUCCGUACAGCAAAACCCCACGUAACCCCGUCUCCAGUCCGGCAAAGCCUACGCGAGGCCGGGAGAGAAACGGGUCCAAGUGGAGCAGAAACCAUGGCCAGGGACGUGUCAAAGCCUCUGCCACCUCUCCUCAUCUGCACAUUUCCUCCCUUGUUUCCUUGUUGUCUUUGCAGUGUGUAAUCAUGGUUUCCCCCUUGUGGAGAUAGCUGGUUAUUACAAUCUGGAGGUAUUGUAGAGAGUUUUCUGUCAUGCUGCCGUCUUAAGCACAUUCUGAAGAUUUUAAAAAGGCAAUUCCAUUACAAGGACAAACCGAGGCUAAAUUAGCAAUAAAGAAAACACUUUUUUUACACUAUACUGAAGAAAUCAAAAUGAAAUUCUCUCCCCCCAGUUAUCAAAAGCAAACAUUCCCCAAUUUUGAGGUAAACCCCACCCCCCAAAACAAGUAGAGCUAUGUUUUAAGUGCCAUUUGUGAGAUUUUGACCUAUUGGAGUUUGUUACUGAAUGGUGUACUUUUUUGAUGAAAGUUGAAAGAGAUUUUUGUAUUAUUAUUUUAACAUCAAGUGAAUUAGCACCUUUUCUGAGUGUUUGAGAAAGUGAAUAGUGUCAUCUGUGAAGUAGAGAUUAGUGGUCCCAAUUAUUACUGGCUGUUUGGAAAUGUUUCUACUUUCUUCUUUCAAAAGUAACAAAGAACGAUCUUUAAUUCUAACAUGAUUUUGAGUUAUUAGAAAAAACCCAAAACAGCUGGUUUCAAAGAAAACAUGUUUGAGUGAUAUUCAGAAAGCUUGCUGUUUGACACUGUGGACAAAAAGCUUAACUUAUGGGAGAUUAUUGAAUAAUAAUUUCCUGAUUGUGUUGUAUUGCUUGGCUAUCAAAAUGCUGCAAAAAUUACAUAUGUUGAGUCACUACAUAUAAUGGAUGUGCAUGGUAUUAAGUUGUAAACGUGGUGCACCAUAUUUACCAACUGAAAAUUUUGAUUUUAAUUUCCUGCCAACAAGCUCUAGAUGUUUGUAUGUUUUAGAAUUUUAUUUUGAAGUAAAACUACUAAUCAGCUGUUUGCUCAUAUAAAGACUCAUGCACUAAGAACAUUUCCCAAAAUGUCAACAUAAAACACAAAGUUACUGAAGUCUGUUGGUUGGACUUUUGAAGAGAAAAGAGGCACUGAGACUCGAAAGAAUGUAUAAAUGCUGCAAACAGACCCUGGAAAAUCUGGUUUUGACAGAAAAAGAAAUGUUUAUUUAUGCAAAUCAGCCACUGUAGAAAAAAAAUCAAGCUUUUAUUUGCUCUGCUUUAAAAUUUUUUAUUCUGAGCCAAACUUUUUCACAGAAUAACACCAGCAAGUCAGAAGUGAUUGUCAGUUCAGAAAAAAAGCAUUCCAGUAGAAACAGUGGCAUUCAUUUACAUUGUUUUACCACACACAGGAUUAAAUUACACAACAAAUGAAUGAAAGUGUUUUAAUUAUGUGCUUUUGAUGAUCAGCAGCCAGAUAAUUGAGUGGCAGCAUCUGUUGUAUAUGUUAAACGUCAGGAACUCUUUCUCUGAUAACUUCAAGGUGAAUUUAUGGCACAACUUUUUUUCAUGUUGUAACUGUUUUUUGGUAUCAAACCAGUGAUAUUUUCAGCUUCAAUAAAAACCUGAAGAAAA